AAAUCGGGCAGUAUUCACUGAGCAAACAACUUACUCAUCAUCAGUCGGAAGUUAAUUGCGGGGGAAAGUUCAAUAUCUAUUGCCGCCUGCUUCCUCGCAUCUCAUAUAACUGCAGUCAGUGGGCAAGAGAUACAUCACUGGUAGUUUAUUUUCUGCAUAUCCUCACAACCUGGCUGUCAGUCCUUACAUUACCGACUUCAACUGACUAUGGACAUGGAAGAGGCUCUCAACAGCACCAUCCAUCCGAGCUGUUUAGAAGAACCUCCGCUGGCUAUCGAUGUCAUAAAGCAGCUGGAUGUCUUUGGUGUGGCUCUGUACUCCAUGCUGACCCUCAUGUCUACGCUGUCCCUGCUGCUCUACCUGGAGGAGUGUGUGUUUAUCUAUAGAAAAGUCCCGUCUCCUAAGAAGACAACUAUUAUGUGGGUCAAUGGUGCUGCACCGGUCAUUGCCACCAUGGCUUGUUUUGGGAUGUGGAUACCAAGGGCUACCAUGUUUACAGAUAUGACGUCCAAUUCGUACUUUGCAGUGGUGGUGUAUAAGAUCUUGGUUCUGAUGAUAGAGGAGAGUGGGGGUAGUGAGGCCUUUCUGAAGAGCAAUGCCCAGAAAACCUUCAAGAUCAGUGUAGGACCCUGCUGCUGCUGCUGUCCCUGCUUGCCACGCGUUCCAGUCACACGGCGCAUGUUAUUCUUGCUGAAGCUGGGGGCUCUUCAGUAUGCUAUCUUAAAGACAGUCCUCUCAAUUGUGUCCAUAAUAUUGUGGACCAACGGCAACUUUGAUCUUUCUGAUCUGGAGAUCACAGGCACGGCUAUUUGGAUCAACCCAUUUAUAGGUGUUCUCACCAUCAUCUCCCUCUGGCCUGUCGCCAUCAUGUUCAUGAACAUAUGCAACACACUGCGCAGCAUCAAGAUCAUACCUAAAUAUGCCAUGUACCAGUUGGUGCUGGUGCUCAGUCAGCUGCAGACGGCCAUCAUUAACAUCCUGGCCUUGGAUGGAACCAUCGCCUGCUCCCCGCCAUUCUCCUCUAGUGCCCGUGGUACCAUGUUGAGUCAGCAGCUAAUGAUCUUGGAAAUGUUCAUCAUUACCCUGGUGACCCGGGCGUUGUACCGCCGUACCUAUGACUCUCUUCCCACCGACCCCCACGAGACCGACAACGACCAGAACAGCAAGAUCAGCCUGCAGGCCCCAGAGGGGGAGCACACUGUCUGAGAGAUUGGGGUGGAGUGAGAGGGAGAGUGGUGGGUGUGUGUGUGUUUGCGUGAGUGUGCAUUAAAGAAAGAGAGAGGGACUCUCUACCAAACAUUUACACUAUUGUUUUACUUGUAUAUUAAUUUUGUUUUGAUGGUGUGAUACUGUAUAUUCUGCUGUUCUAGUUGUUGGUUAGUCUUGUAUGAGAUGAAACUUACUGUAUAUUAAACGUUUACCUGCAUUAUGCUGAAUAUAAUAGCAGAACAUAUACCUCAAACAACAUGUCUGUCCCAUCCAUAUUUCCUCAAGUUGCCUCAGCUCUCAACACGGCUAUGUGGAGUUUGGUGUGUGAGGUUGUUGGAAAGAGAAAGUGGGUUAAUGGGAGUGUGAAAUAUGUAUUUUGUAUUCAUAUCAAUAAAUAUAGUGAAUUACAACUAGUCUCAGUCAAAA